AUGCUUGAUAUCUCCUGGUAUAUACGAGAGAAAUUCCCAAACGACAAACUAAAAAAAUUCCUCAAGAAAGGAGGUGGCGGUUCCGCAGUGGAAUUUUGUUGCGAGGUUACUGGAGCAGAGCUCGAUGUCAUGCGAGGUGAAACCAUUCAUUUGCAAAAGAAAUCAGCUAAUGAAACCACAUUCCAGCGGAGGAUGGAUGAAAUAUGCGACUUGUUCAAAAAUACAAAUGAACCUGCGCUUGUGUCUGAAUUCAAGAUUGAACGAGACUUUACAACACCAAACAAAUUUGUUUACGAUGACGAGGUUGACCAGCAGGCAUAUUAUGACUACGGUUUAGAAUGCAAAAAGCCUCAUGGUGUCCGUGUGUUACAUUCGAUGGUGAUGCUUGGUUUAAAAAAAGAGCCCUCUGGCAAGGUAUGGUUCCUCCUUCAAAACUUUUGGGCGUCCAAGUAUUUGGUGCUCGCUUCUGGUGAAUAUUUGGCGUCUUGCGGUGCAGUCGUCACGUUUGCGCCAAAGUCCGUCACGGUGGACCUAAAGGAAAAUUUUACGGUCAUCAAUGCCCAUUAUAUGGAAACUGAAGUUGGGCCGGAGGAAGAGGAGUACUGUCCAGAAGAGUCCUCUCAUUGA